UGCUAUCGGGUGUGCAGCGCAGCGCUUGGCUCCCUGUGCUCGGCUGAAAGCGAAUGUCAUCCGCCGUGAAAAACGAGGAGGAAAGAAUCCGAGGAGGAAAGAAUCCAAAGAUACGCAGGCUGGCGGGUGACCUUAUGGAAGGGGAACUUUAUUCUGCGCUCAAGGAGGAAGAGGCAUCUGAGUCAGUUUCAAGUACGAACUUUAGUGGUGAAAUGCAUUUCUAUGAGCUUGUAGAAGACACAAAAGACGGGAUCUGGCUGGUACAGGUCAUAGCAAACGACAGAAGUCCACUGGUGGGUAAAGUCCACUGGGAGAAAAUGGUGAAGAAAGUAUCAAGAUUCGGCAUACGUACUGGCACUUUUAACUGUUCCAGUGACCCCAGAUACUGCAGGAGGAGGGGCUGGCUGAAAUCCACCCUCAUUAUGUCAGUUCCACAAACCAGCACCUCCAAGGGAAAAGUAAUGCUUAAAGAAUACAGCGGGCGCAAAAUUGAAGUGGAGCACAUUUUCAAAUGGAUCACAGCCCACGCUGCUUCUCGGAUCAAAACCAUUUACAACUCUGAACAUUUAAGAGAAGAGUGGAACAGAAGUGACCAGUACCGUGUGAAAAUAUACUUAUUUGCCAGCCUCGACCAGCCUCCAGCCUUCUUCUCUGCACUAAGUGUAAAGUUUACCGGGAGAGUAGAGUUUAUUUUUGUGAAUGUGGAAAACUGGGACAAUAAAAGUUACAUGGCAGAAAUUGGUAUCUACAAGACACCAUCCUACAUACUUAGGACUCCUGAAGGGAUUUACAGGUAUGGAAGUAAUGCUGGUGAAUUUAUAUCACUGCGUGCCAUGGAUUCCUUUUUGCGCUCGUUGCAACCAGAAGUUAAUGAUUUAUUUGUUUUAAGCUUAGUUUUGGUUAAUCUGAUGGCUUGGAUGGACCUGUUCAUUACGCAGGGCGCUACUAUAAAGCGUUUUGUGGUUCUUAUAAGCACUUUAGGGACGUAUAAUUCACUUCUAAUUAUUUCCUGGCUACCCGUGUUGGGUUUUUUGCAACUACCUUACUUAGACAGCUUUUACGAGUACAGUUUAAAACUCUUCAGGUACUCUAACACAACUACAUUGGCUUCUUGGGUAAGAGCCGACUGGAUGUUCUACUCUUCACACCCAGCGCUCUUUCUCAGCACAUACCUUGGCCAUGGUUUACUGAUUGAUUACUUUGAGAAGAAGAGAAGACGCAAUAACAACAACGAUGAAGUCAAUGCUAACAAUCUCGAGUGGCUCUCAAGCCUGUGGGACUGGUACACCAGCUACUUGUUUCAUCCUAUUGCUUCCUUUCAACACUUCCCUUUUGACUCGGAUUGGGACGACGACCCAGAUCUGUUCUUGGAGCGUUUGGCCUUCCCUGAUCUCUGGCUUCACCCUCUGAUACCAACAGAUUAUAUCAAAAACUUACCAAUGUGGAGGUUUAAAUGCCUCGGCAUCCAUUCGGAUGAAAUGCUGGAAACCCUUCAAGACAGCGAAAGUGACUCAGACAGUGAGAACAGAGAGGUCUUCAGCAGUGAAAAAGACAUCUCGGAGGAAGAUGAGCCAAAUACAUUUCAUAGGCCCAGGGCAGGAGCGCCUCACUGCCGUGCCGACAGCUGUUCUUGUGCCAGUACAUGUUGUCACAAGGAGCCUUGUGAACGGAAAGCGAGGUCGUACGGGUCGUACAGCACCGCAGACGAGCCAGAUUGGUCAGCGUGGCCCCCUGAGAUGUUGCACUGUACAGAAUGCGUGGUGUGUCUCGAAAACUUCAAGAGGGGCUGCCUGCUCAUGGGCUUGCCGUGCGGCCACGUGUUCCACCAGAAUUGCAUUGUGAUGUGGCUGGCAGGCGGGCGGCACUGCUGCCCCGUCUGCAGGUGGGCUUCUUACAAAAAAAAGCAGCCAUACACGCAACCACAGCCUUUGUCCAACGAUGCUCCGUCUUAGCCGUGUGUCCGUGUCCUUCAUCAGCUUUCGGGAUAUUACUGCUUGCCUUUUAAAUGUUAGUCACUUAAAAGAUUACGUGGUUUGAAGUUUUAGUUUAAAUGUUAGUGCAGUGAACUAAAAUAUACACGAUGCUAACGUUAAUGGCAGAGUUAUUUGGUUGCCUUGUGUGUUGAACUGAAUGCGUUCUUACCGUACAAUAACCUCUUUCUUUUCAUCAUCCUGAAACCCAAUGCUGUUUUUGUAAGCACAAAAUCAAACCUCCACCAGAAGCGUGUCCCAGCAAACGUUUACAAGUGAGGAUAUGGGGGGAAUCUAAAUUCUAACCGGAGAUGAUUGCUUAAUUUAAGUGUUUCUUAUUUUAGAGUCUGUUCAGCACAUCCUUGUUGAAUAAUGUACGUUAUAAGACAGUACCGUUUAAAAAGAGAUACGUGAAAUAAAUUAUUUUAAAAGGAGA